AUGAAUCAACUUUUUUCGAAAUCUUCCAUCAGUAUCUCUCCAAAAUCAAAUGUGGAAUAUACUGUUGGUAGUAAAAGUGGCCGUCAAAUAUCACCGCUAUCGUGCUCCCCAUCAUCAAUCUCAAUUUCUACAAAUGCCUCCAACUCAAUAUUAGAUCACCCUUUGAUACUUCAUUGCCAGCCCACCUUCUCCUACGUGCCAAUACACAACAACAGUGAUGGUUCUUGGACUCCUGCUUCUUCAGAUAACGAACUAACGAUGCCAACAACUCCAACCUCGUCGGUGUUUACUCCCCUCGAUGACAAUUCAACAGAGUACAUGAGUUUUCCAAAUUUUGAAAAGUUCUCAGAUGAAAGUUGGACGGAAAUUAGGAUUGAAAAGUGUGAUCUGAACGAGAUACAGAUGGAAAGUUAUGACGAAAUGCUUGUAGGACCAUCCGACGAUAGGAGAAUUCAUUAUAUAGACUUUAUGCCUUCUUAUAAGGUUCAAGAUUACUUAGAAAUCUUCUUGGUACCAAAA